UCCUUCAUUCUCCUACUUUUUUCAUAAUCGAAGGAGAGUUUCUUGCAAGCAGACAUGCGCGUAAACUUAGCGUCAUUAAAAAUGGACUGUUUAUCUCGUUAUCUUGUUUUAUAGUUACUUGUGUCUUAAAAUGUAUGAUGGCACAUUCGACUUAAAAGUUACUCAUUCCGUCACCGUGUGUAGCAGCUGCCAAUUAUGGACUAAGUUAGCUCGCGUUUAAGAGUGAGCUAGCUUUUAGCCUCCGAGUUUUGGAGCAUAAACAACGUUGAAUUGACAUUUUCAAAGCGACACCAUGGCCGACCUUGAGCAGUGGGUCAACGACCGGCUGCAUGACAUCUUGGGCCUGAGCGACCGUUAUGUUGCUCAGUUCAUGAUCGGCAUUGGCCGGAAGGCGAGCAGCUCUCAGGACUUUGUGAGCAGGCUCCAGCAGACAGGCACCAUCGACAUCGACCAGAGCAUCACCACCUUUGCCCAUGAGCUGUUUGACAAAAUUCCUCGCAAGCAGGUCGUGGAAAAAGCCUCCCGGGUGAUGGAGCGCCAGGCCAUCGAGAUGGACAGGAAGAACCGCACGUACACUUUGCUGGAGGAUAGCGACAGCGAAGAGGACAUCGUUGUGGAGAAGCAGCGUGGGACUAAGAAGAAGAACAAAGAGAAGGACGGAGGGAGCAAAAGGAAGAACAUCCGGCGGAAGAAGGAGAGCGAGUCGUCCAGUGAAGAAGAAGCGCCUGUUAGCAGGGCUAAGUCGAGCAAGGAUGACAACUCGGCUAUGAAGAGUGAAGAUCAUGAAGAAGAAGAGUGGGAGAAAGAAGAGCGGGAGCGACUACACGACAUCGAGGAGCGCGACGCCUUUGCCGAACGCGUCAAGCUGAGAGACAAAGAUAAGACGAGGCACAUCGCGGAGAGGACGGACAAAAAGGCUUACGAGGAGGCUCAGAAGAGACUGAAGUUGGCUGAAGAUGACCAGAGAAACAUGUUGCCCGAUUUGCGGAAGCAGUCCCGCCGCGAAUACCUGAAGAAGCGUGAGGAGGAAAAGCUGGAGGACCUGGAGGCGGAACUCGUCGACGAGGAGUACCUGUUUGCCUCGGACGACCUGACCGAGCGUGAGAAGAAGGAGGUGGAGUACAAGCAAACACUGCGAGACCUGGCGAAGGACUACAAGAAGGCUGGAGCAAAGGAGCUGGAGGAGAGGAAGAACAGAUACUACAUGCCGGAGGAGAUCAGGAGAAAGGAGGUGCCCCAGAAGGAGUUGGAGCUAGAGGAGGAGCUCCCCAUGGAGCUGGGCGGCGAGCAGGGUCGCUGGGAGGAGGAGCGGCUCAAGACGGCCUCGCUCAACUUCGGUGCCAAGAAGGAGCGCGAGCAGGGCGUGAGGCGCCAACAGGAGAAGUACCAGCUCAUCCUGGAGGAGGAAGAGAUGAUCGACUUUGUCAGCACCGCCAUCACCAUGAAAGGGACUUUGAUGGAGGACGAGACUCCGGCAUUGUCCCAAGCAGAGCUGAAGAAGCAGUCCAUGCAGGAGGUCCGCCGCAGCCUCCCCAUCUUUCCAUUCAGAGAGGACCUGCUAGCUGCCAUCCACGAGCACCAAGUUCUGGUCAUCGAGGGCGAGACGGGCUCGGGAAAGACCACACAAAUCCCGCAGUACCUCUUUGAGGACGGUUUCACCAAAGGAGGGAUGAAGAUCGGAUGCACGCAGCCUCGCCGAGUGGCCGCCAUGUCGGUGGCCGCUCGGGUGUCGCAGGAAAUGAGCGUCAAGCUCGGUAAUGAGGUGGGCUACAGUAUCCGCUUUGAGGACUGCACAUCAGAGAGGACGAUCAUCAAGUACAUGACCGACGGCAUGCUGCUACGAGAGUUUCUCACCGAGCCCGACCUCGCCAGCUACAGUGUGAUCAUCAUCGACGAAGCUCACGAGCGAACCCUCCACACGGAUAUCCUGUUUGGCCUCAUCAAGGACAUCGCCAGGUUCCGUCCCGAAUUGAAGGUGCUGGUGUCAAGCGCCACACUGGACACGGCGCGCUUCUCCACCUUCUUCGACGACGCGCCCGUCUUCAGGAUCCCCGGCAGGAGAUUCCCCGUGGACAUAUUCUACACUAAAGCUCCAGAGGCUGACUACAUGGAAGCGUGUGUGGUGUCAGUGCUGCAGAUCCACGUCACGCAACCUCCUGGAGAUAUUCUGGUCUUCCUCACUGGACAGGAGGAUAUCGAGACAUGCUGCGAGCAGCUCCAAGACCGAUGUCGGCGGCUGGGCUCCAAAAUCGCCGAGCUGCUCGUCCUGCCCAUCUACGCCAAUCUGCCCUCUGACAUGCAGGCCAAGAUCUUCAGCCCCACGCCGCCCGGUGCACGCAAGGUGGUGGUGGCGACCAAUAUUGCGGAAACCUCCUUGACCAUUGACGGCAUCAUCUAUGUCAUCGACCCGGGUUUCUGCAAGCAGAAGAAUUACAUCGCCCGGACCGGGAUGGAAUCUCUUAUCGUCAUGCCUUGCUCUCGGGCGUCGGCCAGUCAGAGAGCAGGCCGCGCCGGCCGAGUGGCCGCCGGCAAAUGCUUCAGGCUCUACACGGCGUGGGCCUACAAACACGAGAUGGAGGACAUGACCGUGCCCGAAAUUCAGAGGACCAACCUGGGAAAUGUGGUGCUGCUGCUCAAGAGUUUGGGUAUCAAUGACCUUCUCCACUUUGACUUCAUGGACCCGCCGCCGCACGAGACUCUUCUGAUGGCUCUGGAGCAGCUUUACGCCCUCGGAGCACUCAACCACUUAGGAGAACUCACCACGUUGGGUCGCAGGAUGGCCGAGCUGCCCGUGGACCCCAUGCUGAGCAAGAUGAUCCUCGCCUCUGAGCAGUACAAGUGUUCUGAGGAGGUUCUCUCAAUCGCCGCCAUGCUCUCAGUAAACAACGCAAUCUUCUACCGGCCCAAGGACAAGGCGGUGCAUGCUGACAACGCCAGGAUGAACUUUGUGGUGCCCGGCGGGGAUCACCUGGUCCUGCUGAAUGUCUACACGCAGUGGGUGGAGAGCGGUUACUCGACACAGUGGUGCUACGAAAACUUCAUCCAGUUUCGCUCCAUGAGGCGAGCGCGGGACGUCCGGGACCAGCUGGAGGGCCUGAUGGAGCGCAUCGAGGUGGAGAUGGUCAGCUCCCAGGGUGAUUCCAUGCCUAUCCGUAAGGCGGUGACAGCGGGCUACUUCUACCACACGGCGCGGCUCAGCAAAGGAGGCUACAGGACGGUGAAACAUCAGCAGACCGUCUACGUCCACCCGAGUAGUUCGCUGUUUGAUGAGCAGCCCCGGUGGCUCAUUUACCACGAGCUGGUCAUGACCACUAAGGAGUUCAUGAGACAGGUGGUGGAGAUCGAGAGCGGCUGGCUUCUGGAAGUGGCUCCUCACUACUACAAGAGCAAGGAAGUGGAGGAUAGCAACAACAAGAAGAUGCCCCGCAACCAGGGCAAGGCCAAGGAGGAACUGGGUUGAAAGCCACCGACCCCAUUACGAUGGCACACUGGCCAAUUCGCAGGCGUUAGUGGACAUGGUGGGGAAGAAGAAAAAAAAAAAAAUGGACAUGCCCAAACAGCCUGAACACAAAGCUGUGACGAAUAGAGAUUCCACCUUAAAGUGGCUCCCGAACGGUUUAAUUAUAAACCCGAUUGCCUGCGGGGAUGACGUACGAUUCACCGGGCUCAUUAGUGACGCUUUGCUACCCCACUCUUGAAUUGUUGUCCUGAUUGCUGAAAAGCAAUAAAUGUUUUUUACCGCUAUUUGGAGUUCCUCUGCACAUUCAAAUACUUCUUUCCGUCUUCAUUUUUUACAUCUUUUGAUUGCAAAACUCUUUGACCAUAUGAUUAAUGACCAGCAUCUUUGGUGAUGUUUACAUAUUUUGUAUCAUGGGAGUAAUGACCCCACCCGCCCCCACCCUGAUAUAAUUUGACCUACGCAACUAUGUGGUUUCGAUAUUUAUCCACAGUGUUCCCAGCACGUCAAACUGUGGCGAGCGUCGGUAAACGUCCAGACCGCACAAAGACUCAUCGGGUUGGUGCGACGCACGAGUUAUGACGGUAAGGACCAGUUUUGCUGCGCGCUCUCCGAUGUGUAUCACGUACGAGGCGGGCCGCCUGUGCAAAUAUGCGGCCUGCUGACAUCCAUCACGCCUGUCGGCUAAUGGAGGUCGAGGACCUGCCGGAGCUACACAGGAAGUGCUGAUAAUGCUUCACAGAAACUGGAAGAGUCACAGAAAGGUGGACGUCCUUGGAAAUGAAUUUGGAUGCAUGUCAAAUGUUAAGCAAGCCCUGACUGACUUAUUGACAUGUUCCUCGAGCAGAACCGUAUACACACGGCGGAGCAGGUCCGACUGGUCCGACCGAAGGCGGCUUGCCGGGCGGGCAAGGGGGGGAGUGCCUCUUCCGAGAAGGUGGUGCUGUGUCAUAGUGGGAAAACAAGACAGAACAGACUUGGAAUGAAAGAGGAAGGCCAGCGCAGACCAGUUUUACAACAGGAGGUCCACUUAUGGAACUGCUGGUGAUGUGAGACUUCCUCGACAGGAAGCUAAACCAGUCUGACGCUGGGUGAGGGACACCUUUAUCUGAACUCUUCAGCUUUUGACAUUAAGGAGAUGGAGGAGACAAGCACACGACAACGCGGAAGAACUCUGUCCGUCCGUCCGUGUUAUAAUGACACCCUCACCCCUCCCGGACUUUGGCAACAGUCUGCCCAAGAAGAUCCCCCUCCCCUCCGCCCCUGUAACCACCAGUGGGGGGGACGGAGGUUGAACGAGUCUCUUGGACUCCUCCGACCGCCAUGGCUUCGACUCCCUCCGCUUCGGCCCUCACUUCGGUGCUCCGAUGUCGCGGUACACUGUGGACCAGGAAUCCGCCGAGCAAGCGAAGCUCCCCCUCGGCGUACGGCCCCGCGCUGGCGGGCGGAACUCGGCGCGACUCGCCCGGCCGCGGAGAGAGCUUGUCGUAUCGACUGUCCGUGCGGUACGAUUCACCAUCGCGGGAGGGCGAUGGGGCCCACCGAUCGAGGGAGCUGCAGAGAAGCGGCCCGGAGGCACGCGCAGUGUUCCAAGCCAGCAAAGGAGCUCGCCAACCCGCGGCGGUUGUUCUCAUUACCCGGUUAAUACGACCGUGUCAAACCAAAGUGUUCGUACGGGACAUGUGUGAGCAUCGCUUAGGGUUUGGUGGACUGUGCCGUGACGGUGGACAAAUGACCCCGUCUUUCGUGGAGACCAGAUGGAGCACUUUGAGGAGCACUUGCCGUUCUCUCCAACUUCUGCUGACCCACAUUGUAUUACGCCGGCUGGCCAUACUCUGCGGAUGCGGCAGGGGGCGCCAACGCAAGAUUAAGAGAAAUGAUUCCGGAAAGAAGAUGCCCAAAUAUGGACCUGAUUGACAGUCGGAGGCCUUGAACUUGACACACUGUGAUCCUUGCCUUAUUUAUUGACUUUUAUCUCUGUCUGUGUGAACAAUUUGGUUAUCUUCUGUCCAUGAGCGUAACACGUGGGGGUGCAGCGUGGCCUUCAUGUGUAUUUUGCACAUUUGGACUUCAACCUAUUGAGCAAAAAAAAAAAGUAAAAUCUGUGAGCACUUUUUCGGCAGUGAACAGAAACCUGCGUUGAGAGGUAAAAAAAACAGAAAAUGUCUUUGUUAUAUGUGAGAAAAGAUGCCUUGAAUUGCUAAACGUGACAUGAGUCACUGAGUGGGCUCUCUAGUUCUCUCGAUAACUAUUGGGUUAUUUCCCUAACUCACCGGGUUGAUGAGUUUAUGUGGUAGUUUAUAGCCCUUGGCUCAAUUGUGUUUCCAAAUGUCUUUUUAGAAAGUACAAACUUACGUAAGUGAGUCGCAACCGUGUAAAAAUAGUUGUCACCUGGAAUGAAUUUGGAUGCCUGGCAACAUGGAAGAUGUUUACCACUUGGACCGUGCCCCAUGUUCCAGUGCGAUGGAUGCUAAACGUGCCUUUUGGUUUGCCAAAAAUGAAGGCGAGGGAAUGCUGAAAUGGAAGUCUCGCCGUCAUAGCGUGUGUGACGUCACUGACGUUGGCUACAGCGGCGGAAGUUUGAAACUCAACUGUAGUUUUCUAACAGUUCAUCUCUCCUGGUUCACUAGACUUUUUUUAAAAAUGGGCUUUUGUCCCAGAAAUUUGCUAAGGGAAUGGCUAAUUGGCUCCAUGUUAAGGUGUAGCUACUCACGGUUGUAGCGUUGUAAACAAAUAAUAGGGAAACGUUCCACAAUUUUUACUUCUAUUAUGGAUAUUAUAUUUUUACUUGCUAUUCUGCAAUAAAAAAAAAUCUCCCCCA